UGGUGGUAUGGUACAUCCGCCGGUUGGCCGGGUUUUGUGUACUGAUAAAUGCAUAAAAGAAUACCCCCACCGACCGUUGUUGAAUGUUGUCGGUGUGUUGUGUUGAACCUGAAUGAUUACGAAUUAAAAAAUAGUUGACAUGCCGGAAAAUCACCCUAUCACAUCAACUUUUAUGUCAGCAAGUACAGCCAAGUCGAUGUCAAAAGUUAUGGUUCCAAAACUAUUCUGAAAUUCCAAGGGGCCAGCCAACACGCAACAGGGAUGUAUCUUUUUCAAAUUUGAUGGAAGGAGAAAGUUAGGUGUCGUAAGUGGUCAUUAAUAGAUUCUUCACAUGCAAGGAGUUGGACGGCAGACACUAAUACAAAUAAUUGAUUCUGUGGUGUGACUUUUAAACUAAGUGAAACAUGUAGUUUUUGGAGGCUACAGAUCUCGCCCCUUGGUAGGAGAUUAAUCGUGAUAGGAACAAGGGCCUUCAACGAAAGUACAUGAAACAUUUUCCUUGGAUAACUUUUAAACAAUCUGCAAGGAGGCAUCGCUAAAAAAGGAUAAAAUGUUGACCCUGAAGGGUCAUGUGACUGGCAGUGGACCAAUGGGAAACCCCAAACAGCCACGUCAACCAAUCAAAUCAUGGACAUCCAAAACGGUCAAGACGAGCGAGCGGUCUCGUCAGAAUGGGAUAAUGAACUCGCCGAGGGGACUUUACAACCGAGGGAAGAUCCCCCUGGCAGCGAAGCUGAGUGUAGGCGGAGAAUGGGCAUUGAAAGAGUGUGAGGAGCAUACAACAUGGCUGAAUGGGAUUCUGAAGAAGCACAAGUCGAGGCCCAUCAGCGACUUAAGGAAGAGCAUCUCAGAUGGCCUGACUUUGGUCAACAUCUUGGAGAUAUUAUUCAACAGCAAGAUCCAGGGUGUGCAGACCAGGCCCAUUAUCCGAGCCCAGAGAUUGGAGAAUAUCAACCUCUGCCUAAGAUUCCUGGAAAAUAGAGGAGUUGACAUCCAACACAUCAGUGCAGACGAAUUGACAGAUAGUAAUUUAAGAGCAACUCUUGCCCUCGUGACCUGCUUGAGAAAGAGAUUUGAGGCGUUUCAUACAAGCAGUAGUGCACAUGGAGGCGGGUCAAGUACUUCGAUCGAUAAAUCAGUCCGACCUCCCACUGAGAUCAGUCUACAGCCCUCGCUUGGCAGAGAUGUCAGUAUUCAUAGUUUCCACAGUCAACUCAGCAUACACAGCCAGCAUUCUGAUGGCAGCCCAGCAAGAUCAAAAAGUACAGACAUACCAGCUGCCAUCCCUUCUGAGCAUGAAGAGCCCGCCCAUCCCAUCAGCCCCGCCCCCAUGAAUGGAGAUGCAGAUCUUAUCUUACCGGGUACUAUGGCAGACUCUGAUCCUGAUGAGCCAAGGCCUGAGUCUGCAGACAAACCAGAGGCCACUGUCAUUCCAACAGUGACAGAGCUAGAUUCUCAGGGUGUAUCUCAACAUGGGGGAGGUUUAAGGAAACAACAAUUUAUCGGCAGUCCAAAGAAAUCAUUCCGACCUCCAGUAUCAAGGCAGCGCAGCUCUAUUGAUGGUGAACAAAGUCCUGUGUUAUCUCCAGUACGGGACGCCGUUUCCCAAUCAGUAGAAGAGAGAUUGAAGAGUCUCCUGGACAGUCCAACUCCCGGACGCAAAUUCAACAGAAACAUCUCACAGCAGCGACCGCCGAUCGAUGACGGUGAAUUGUUAGAACCCCCACCACCAAGGAGACCCAGCUACGCUAACGACGACGACAAUGAAGAGAGAGAGGCAACUUUAGAAGAGAACAAACUACAAGCCAUGCUAGAGGAUCCCGAUAACUUUGAGGACUACCCCAAGGACUGGGAUCGUUACGUCUCAGGAUAUGUUCCGUCCAACUCCACCGAAAAGAUGGAAGGACCCAGAGCCCAGAGACUGCUUGAUCGUCAAGCUGCUCCUCCUUCCCAAUCCAACUCCGGCCAGGGAAGGACCCUACCAUUCUUUCAUGCGCCACCUACGCAGCAUAUGGGACCACUGCAGACCCCCUCACGGAUGGACAACCAAGCACUACUGAUGAAUGGAUCCCAGUCAUUACCCAUCAGGGAGAGACUCAGUCAGGGUAGUAUGUAUAGUGAUGAUGGAAGGAGUAACAGACCCUAUGAUAUGCAACCACCGGGUUCAAGGUUUCAGAUGCAGCGUUAUCGUCAAGAGGAUGAAUCUGCAGCAUCCCAGAGAAGGACACUACCGAGCUACACCGACCACAUCCAGAGACACCCACCAAAGUCUCGCUCCUCAAACCCAAACAAUCCUGAUGCCAUGUAUGUUCCAGAGGGGUCAAGACAGCAGAGCAUGAUACAGCAACAGCAGCAGCAGCAAAGAUACCCACUGGAUUGGCAACAGCCAAGUAGGAGAGGGGAUCAGUUUCAGAGAUGGGGGCCGGACUACGAACAGUGGCAAGACUUUGAUCAGAUGGCACCGGACGCAGAUCAUCAACGAGGGCGAAAGUAUUUAAAUCAUAUGCAAAACAGUGGCCCGCUGAAUCAGCGUGGUAUUCCUAUGGAGGAGCUGUCGAGGAGACCAGACUACCAUUACGGGCAAGGCGGCGGCCCAAAUCAAGACUCAAAGAACCCGUACAUAUACCUAGAUCGCUCCUCAUCAGAUCAAAGGAACCAACCCUACCUCAUGAACGGAAAUAUACUCAGCUCACGAGACUACGCCUUCAGCCAGAGUGGCUCUUCAUCGCGGUCGAGCACCCCGCCAUUACCUCCCCUGUCACCUGACAAUUCUGACAUUGAGUCGACACCAAGCUCGCCGUACUUCAAUAAGAAGUCACAGCGUUCGAUUAGUGUUGGCGUUCUACCCUCCAGAGUUCAAUUUCCACUCUAUGGACCGAACGAUUCCAUCAUGGGUCUGAAGAAACGGAAAGGAAGUACCAACAGAAGUGUCCCCGCCCACAAAGGGUUUGAACCUAAAUCAGCUGCUAGGAAGAGCGCUGGCAAAGGAAAGAGGAAGAUGGGUAAGGGAGCCAAGUCGAGUAGUAGUCUGGGACCAGCGAGUGAAACAGCCCCUAAUAAGAGGAAAUCUCCUAAUAAUAGAGCCUUGCCAACAGCUCCACACCUACGCCAAGUUAACGAGCACACUGAGAACACUGACAGUGAUCGCAGCUCCCACCACUCCAACCAGCAGCCAAGCGAUUCAGAGGACUCAGACUUGGCCUCCCAACUCAGCCCCCUCCCUUCCAAAUCACCCCUGAAGAUCACCGAUGCCCACCAGCAGUCUGCGACCGAGUCCGUGGAGCCUCCUGAUCCGGACAACAUUCGGCAGCAGCUGGUAGACCUAGAGAGGAUGUACAACGAGAUCUUACAGGUGAUCGGAAACGACCGGAAGGAGCGGUUACUUGAGAACCCGGGGGAAAGGGGCUCGGUUAGUUCCAUGAGCACAACGUCUGGCAAGACUCCAAACAAAAGCAAAGCACCAUCAGCCAAGGUCGGCAAACGACGGGAGAAAGACAUCAAACAAGUCAACAAACGAUUCGCCCGUGUUGAGUCUCACGUAGUCACGCUUGCUCGCAGCGUAGCCCACCUCUCCUCAGAGCUCAGGUCACAGAAUGCCAUGUUCCACGAGAUUGAGUCGUUACGUCAUGAAAUCAACCAGAUCAGAGACAUGCAGGUUUUGAACGCCAGCGAUGUAUUGAAUGGAGGGAUGAGGUUCCGACCAAUCGUCCCAUUGUGCUCCAACCCAAACAAGAUCAAAAAGUUGACCAAAUUCUUUGGUGAGGAACCUCCCAUGUUGACGAUGUUUUUGAAAGAUCUUGGAUAUGAGAAAUAUUCUUCACUAUUUGAGAAAGAGGGCAUUGGCAUGGUUGAGCUGCCCUACCUUAGCGAAGAGAGACUUGAGAACAUUGGAGUACCUAUUGGACCUCGACUACGCAUCUUACAGGAGGCUCAGUUAAUGGUCUGAUGAAGAGAUUUAUGGAGACAGUCUCAUCAAGAUGUCAAAGCCUACAUAACCUGCUGCUGGAAGAUGGGAACCAACUCAUUUCUCAAUCAGUAUUAUCAAACUCAUUUAGCUGCCUAUCGGACUAUCCCACAGUUUCAUGGACUGAUUGGGAGUCAUCUGCAAUAUGAGAAAAACCCAAGAGAAUCUCAGCGGCUAUCAAUGGUUUAAUUUGCAUUCAAGGGACAUGUUUUAUCUAUGAGUUGGUCUAUGAAAAGCACUUUAAACCAUUUGUUACGAAACUGAUUUAGGUUAGAAAGAUGUUUUAAAAGUAGAACAUAUUGAUCCACACAAAUAUGCCUCAAAAUGUUCCUUUUACGUUGUGAACCAACCUGCAUGCUAUUUUGUGGAGUCAAAUUUUUCACUCCAGAAAAUGGUUGAUUGUGUUUAGUUCACAAAGUAAAAGGAAAUCCGUGCAAUUUUGAAGCAAACUUUCAUUGUAAAAACAUGUUUCUAACCAUAACGCAUUUUGUAACGAACAAUUUCAAACGCUUUUCAUAGACAAAUUGGCCCGAUCCAAGGCAGUGUGUCCCUUUCAGGAGGCUGCUCAGGUAAUAAUCUUCAGACUAAGAACAUCGAGUUGCAUGAACAUGUAGCUAAAGAUCCUUGGUAAUAGACCUUUUGCAUUGUCGUCAUUCAGCCGCCAUCUUUGAGGUCAAACGGUGGCGAAACAAUCGAAACGCACAUAGAUUGGCUAAUGAACAACCUCCUUUUGACCUCAAGGCGAGGGCGCCGUACUGAAAUGACGUCAUGUGCAUAAGGUCUAUAGUCUUAAAAUAUCAGAUGUCUUCCUUAACGAGGCCAGACUUGAACAUAUCGGGCCCAAUUUCAUAGAGUUGCUUAAGCAUAAAAUAUUGCUUAAAAAUUUUCUGCUAAGCACAACUAAACAGGAUACCAGUUACAUUUUGUACAUGUAGAAUAGUAUGUUAGCUGGCAACCUUAUUCCGUUAUGCAUACUUUUUGUGCUUAGCAUAUUUUAUGAAAUUGGUCCCUUGGGAACCAGGCUACCUACUCAUGCUUCACUUUUUUUUGUACCAGGAAAACAAAAACAUGUUGCCUUGCUAUUUUUCUUCCAUAAAGUGCUUCUUAAAUAGUAUAUUUUUUCGUAAACUUAAAAUAUGGAGCUAUUGAACCAAAUAAACUACUGAACCUUGAUUUUGUUAUGAUGAAGUAUUAUGAAUCUGUUUGUGUGGUUUUCUUUAUUCAGUUAUUUUGUUGCUACUUUUGUUCUCAAGAGAAAUUAGUCCCUUUUUAAAAAUGUUCAAUAGAUUUUUGAAAAUUAUGUCUCCUUCCAAUACCAAUCCAAUUUAAAGGCACUGGACACUAUUGGUAAUUACUCAAAAUAAUUUUUAGCAUAAAACUGAGAACAAAAUACUAAGUCCAUUUUACAGUAGACUUGUGGACAAGUCGUUAUUGUUCCCACGCAGUGAGAUAGUCGAGUUGUCACUGCUCUCACGCGAACUGCUGGUUGCCGAUUUAUGAGUAGAGUCGGGCAGCGCGCAGUAGUCGCGCAACCAGCAUUCGCACGGAGACCAUAAACGACUUGUCCACAAGUCUAAUUUUACAGCGACCAGCCACCAAUGCAGUCAUUUCCAUGGAUGGAUCCUCUACCUAUUAUUCAAUAACUUCCAAAUGUGUAUAUUAUUCAAUGCUCUUCCAUCCCUAUUUAUGACUUUUGUUACUUGCCAUAUUGAACAAUGUUUUUGUAUUAGUUUAUAUAUUUGUAUUUAUACUCUUGAAUUGUGCUGUGUUCUAUAGGUUUUCCUGUUAUUCUGGGUCAAAAAGCUGGCUAUUUCGUUCCCAAAUUCCAGGCACUCAUAAUAUAGGUAUUGCCGCGGCUUGAAACUGCCAUUCAAUUUCACUAUUGAAAUGACCAAUAGUGUCCACUUCCAUUCAAUUUCACUAUAUGUAUUAUUCAAUCAACUAUAGGCCUUCCAUUUAGCUUAGCGAAAGUUCGUCAUAGGCUGCUAAAAGCAGUUACGAAUUUGUGAUUGUUUUAUAUCAGGUUAUAUUUUUGAUGUAUCCCAACAAAUGCAUAAAAUAACAAAUCUGUGAAAAUG